GUUAGAAGUCUAGAGAAAAAGCAAGUGAGAUCCAAUGGCGAAGAAAGAAGAGGAUGUGAAGCUUCUAGGGUUUUGGGCAAGCCCUUUCAGUGGUAGGGUCAAGAUGGCUCUCAAACUCAAAGGCGUGUCGUACGAGUACUUGGAGCAAGAUAUUGUCGACAAGAGCGCUUUGCUUCUUGAGCUAAACCCGGUUUUCAAGAAGGUUCCGGUUCUUGUCCAUGAAGGUAAAAUAUUAGCUGAGUCACAUCUGAUCCUUGAAUACAUCGACCAGACAUGGAAGAACAAUCCUAUCCUUCCUCAAGAUCCUUACGAGAAAGCCAUGGCUCGAUUCUGGGCCAAGUUCGUUGAUGAACAGGUUGGACCAGUAUGUUUCAAGUCUGUGGCGAAACCAGACAAGGGAAUAGAGGUUGCAAUUGAAGAGGGUCAAGAACUCAUUACCUUUCUGGAGAAGGAACUAACCGGAAAAGAUUUUUUCGGCGGCAAGACAAUCGGAUUUUUAGACUUGGUCGCGGGAAGUAUGAUCCCGUUUUGUAUAGCUCGGGGUUGGGAAGGUAUGGGAAUCAAUAUGAUUCCAGAGGAGAAGUUUCCAGAACUUAACAGAUGGAUCAAGAACUUGAGUGAUAUCGAAAUUGUGAGGGAAUGUAUUCCACACAGAGAGAAACAAAUUGAGCAUAUGAUGAAAGUUGCAGAGCGAAUCAAAUUGGCAUAAGAGACAUAUAUUUUUGUAUCUCCUCGUUAAACAAAAGUUGUAUGAACAAUUUACUAAAUAAGUAAUUUCUGCAUCCGCCGUUACAGUAGAAAAGCAAUUUAAUUAGUGACUAUUUUCUAUCUACAAUCAUAUAAAUCAUCA